CCUGGACGUAAGCAAAUCAUCUAUCGCGAAUUAUGUUGUUAGAUGCUUCGAGGGUAAAUCUUAUUGAUAGAAAUUUACAGAUUUUUCAUAUGCCACUGAGCGACAUCUUGCGAUAAAAUAACAAAUACGUAAACGUAAGCAAAGCAGUCGACGUACGAUUACUCGCUACAGGGUGUUUCUAACCUAAGUUGCCGCUUCGUAAUUCGGUAUCAUUUAUGAUGUCAAAUAUAAAUCGGCGUAUCAACAAAAACAAAUAAUGUCCGCGGAUAAAUUUCUCGAUCUCGAUAUUAAACAAUUGUUCGAACAAUAUACAAUUAAAGAUAUCGAAUUAAUACAGAAGCAAAUUCAAAAUGAGAGCGAAAGAAAGAAAAUUGAAUUACGAACGUUAGUCGGAGAGCGGUAUCGUGAUCUGAUCCAAGCUGCCGAUUCUAUAGCUGAAAUGAAACAAACAUCGGAGUCAAUUGUCGAGAGAAUAAUAAGUAUUGAGAAGACGUGUCAUGAUUUGCAGCAAAAGUACCUUAUGGGAUUUAAAAUGGAAAUUGAGCAAAUAAAUGUGGAGAAAGAACCCAGUUGCAUUUCUGACUCAGUAGUUAUGUUAAUAAAGAUUUUGAUGGAUAUUCCAGAACAAAUUUGGUCAUCGAUUGAUACAAGAAAUUUUUUAUUAGCUUCACAACUAUUUUUAUUGGCUCAACAUAUUAAUUAUAGUUUAACUUUUGAAGUUGGAGAUUCUAAUCUGUCGAAUAAAUAUCCUAUUGUUUCAAAACAAUGGGGUAUCAUUAACCAAUUUAAAAGUUUAAUAAUGAAUUUUUGCGAAGAGACUCUGCAGUCUAUCGAGCUGUCGGAAGAGGUCGCUGCAAAUUGUCUAGCAGCUCUAGUAUUACUUGAUGGAUUAAAUUCAUCUGACUUAUUGAGUAGACUGAUAUCAUUUAGGAGUCAGGCAAUAAAAUCAAUUGCUCUUUCCGAAACUGAUCUUACCGUUAAGAACAAUAUAAAAUUAUGUUUAAAUAUUUUAAUAAAAACUAUUCCUCUUAUAAGUAAUUGCUUUAUAAAGUAUGAAGAUAAUGAAGACGGACUUGUUUCUAAGCAUAUAAGUGAUAUUAAUCAUAGAGACGCAAUAUUUCUGUUAUCUGAAUUUGAUCUAGGCGAGGAAAUGAUUAAUAAAUAUCUUCCUUUAGUUGCGAAAAAUCAUAAACCAUUUGUGGAAUUUAAGUUGGAAAAGCUUCCAUUAACUAGUAUACAAGAAAGUAUCGACGCAUGGUUUAAAUGGGUCGAGCAAUUAAUAAUAACAGAAAUAACAAGAUUAUUAAAUUUAGUGACAUCUAUCAAAGGCAUACAUAAUGUUCGAGAAGAGUGUCUGGCUGUCGCAGUUCCUGAAAAUUGGGACUAUAUUUGGGAAUUAUAUUCAUUACCGAGUGUUAAUUUUUGGUCCAAAUUCUUUCAGCCAUUAUUAACGGAAAGAGUAAAAGGCAUCUUAAAGAAUAAUCUAGCCGUUUGUUUCAAUAACUUUAAGAUCGAUAUUACAGAAUUCCUUAAUAAAGUGAUAGUUGACACAUUUCAGUUUCCUGAAAAUGACUUAAGAUGGUUUUUAUGGAACGAUACAGAUUCAGACAUUCCACAGAGAUUAACAGAAAGUGGAUCUUCUGAUAAUAAACGUCCCUUACUUAUGAAAGUUAGAGGUUUAUCACCUAACAUACUUAAAUUAUGUGAAAAUUUUGAGAAUAAUCUCUCUGAAAUGUUAUCGCAUUUGAAGCAAUAUUUGUAUGAAUUGGAACAAAGGAAUGGUGUAAAAGAUGAUUUGUUGGAGGCUGAUAUUUAUUUGAAUUCACUUAAAUUUUCUGACCGUAGCCUUGUUCAAGAAUAUUUACAGGCAGAAAGUAGAAUAGUCAUCGAAGACUUCGUUGCUUAUGCGAAAGAGGAAUUGACAGUCGAAAAUCCAAAAUGUGGACAACAAGAUGUCAAUGCUAUUGUACUUGCGAGAUUACUCCAAGCAAUAUCCAUAUUAUGCCCGAAUUUUAAGGAAUGCUUCACAAUUUCUAGAUCAACAGGAUUUACAUUGACGAAUAUAAAGUGGCAAGAAGUUUGCGAUAGACUUAAGCAGGAAAGUACUUCGAUAUGGUCUAUUUGGGCUAAGUGCUUUAAAAGGACAAUAUCACAUCAUCGAAAUAACAGUCUGAUUAAAGAAAAUAUUCAGGAAUUACGUAUUCAUACAGUUAUACUCGAAUGGGAGAAGGUUAUGAUUGAAGAAGAGGCUGAAGAAGGCAAAAGAAUAGAAUCGGAAAUUUUAGUACCUUAUCAACCUGCUGUCCAUUUACAAAAAUUUUUAUCCGCAGUCUGUAGAGAUUUAAACAAAGCUUUACCCCAUACAAUACCUAAAACUGUUCUAAAUGAAAUAAUCAAUAGUAUUGUUUUAGAAUUAUUUGAUUAUUAUUAUAGUCUAUCGACAAAUUUAGAUAUUCGACAAAAACAGGCGAUACAAAUACUAUUUGAUGUUAAAUAUAUCAGUUUGCUUAUGGUUCCACGUGAUAAUAAAUCAAUUAUGGAGGAGUCGAAUAAAGUUUCGAAUGUCGUUAUCGCUAAAAUUGAUCCAUUUGAUUUCGAUGUGUUCUCGCCAUUUAUUAACACGAACGUGAAGAAAAGUGUACAAAGGUCAUUGUUAAUAUUUGGAAAUCUGGUACCACAUAUGGAGCAGUUACAUUCAAUAUUGGGCGCGAGAAUCGAACAUAGCGAGGGUUCCAAAUCCGUGAAAGAUCCACCAGGAAUACUUGCACUUUGUACUGGUGCUCCUUGGUUCCCCUCUCUGACCAUCACCGCGCCCGUACAAAAUUUACCAACUGUUGCACCACCACUUCCAGACAAAGCACAGCAGAAAAAGAAGCAAAGCAGUAAAGAGCACACCCGUACUGAUUCGACGGGUUCUACGAUAAAAUCUGGAGCGGCUGCAUUUUUCGGUGCUAUGGGAAGCGACUGGUUUGGUACAAGCUAGUCUAUCUAUUUUUAUUUAUUGUUGAUGAAAAUAGUAUUUUAUGUUAUACUAUACUUGUAUAAAGAGCGACAAUAAAAAAAAUUGUUUUUAAAAAGUUAACUACGCUUUUCCCCAUCCACGUGUCGUGUUCUAAAUUCUAAUCCAUUAUGAAAUAUUCUUCACAAUAAAGAUUUAUUCGCCUGCAAUUUAUACGAUGUCCUUU